AACUUCAUUAGGACAACAAUAAAGCUCAAAUUUAUAUUAACUUAAGCUUUCACCUUUGAACAAUCAGGUUCGCAUAAUAAUCAUAAUAUUUUGCCAUUGUCGGGGAACGUACGGUCGAGCGCAACAUGCCUGGUUUUGAGUAUUCCUCAAGCCCUCCAUCAACACCAAAUAGAAGCACCAGUAGUAGAUACAGUUUUGGAACUUCAAACAAUCCAUCGACUACGCCAGCUGGAGCUCCCGCUUCAUCAGCUGGCUCUUAUACUCCUGCUGGUCCAGCACCAUCAUCAUUUCUUGGAAGCACGAUGGGAAGCCCAACACCCAACAAGUCUGCUUUUGGAUACUCGGAAUAUUCACAGCAAUCAGACUUCGGCCACUCUCAAUCAGACUUCGGUCAUUCUGAGCUUCAAAGUCCACAAUUUUCCUCUCCUCUCUUCACGCGGCCAGCAGCAAGACAGCAGAGAGUGGUGUUUGGAAGCAAAUCUGAAAAGUCGCAAAGGAAUUUACGGUCGCCAUCGAGAAGUGAGGAGGAAGAUGAUGAGGAAGAUGAUGAGGAAGAUGAUGAAAAUACUGGAUUUGAUACAAAAACUCGUAAUCGCUACGCGGAUUCAUACAAUGAUGACCAAGAUAUGGGAAGCGAAGAUGGCAGCUACGAGGACGACGACGUGAACGAUUAUCGAGGAACAAAGGCAAUGGACAGCAAUAUAUUUAAUCAGCACAGCAAUUCAGUUCGAUUUACCAGCACAUCUGGCGGACAAACGCGCCAGAGCAAGGGGAACGAACUGGUGGAUUUCCAAGUUUCUUUGGCGCAAUCACAAGCAAAAAAGGUACCAGCUUCGGAUUUUGCUAGUAUUGCGAAAACCUUAUCUCAAAGCCAGGGAAUUCCAGCUGUGGACGAAGAAGACGAUUUAAUAUUAAAGACGGAGGCGAUAAUUACAAAGCUCUACGAACAGGGUGUGGGGAAGGCUGAUAAUGAGGAAAAACUCCAACGUGCUCUGGCCGUUAUACCUAGCGAGUUAACGGCGCUGUGGCAGGAGUACAACGAACGAGGCGCAGUUUACAAUAAAAAAGAGCACGCUUUAUUCAUUGGCCCAGGUCCAGCAGCAUCAGAUUUUACGAAAGCUAAUUACCUGGCUCAUCUUGCAUUGCAAAUUCAUCACUCUAAACCGGUGGAAAAAGGGCUUGGAACUGUGGUCAAACCUCUUCCCAACAUUAUGCUGGAUUGGCUAGACGUAAAUCAUAAUCCAUUUCCGGGUCAACUUCUGGAGGUUCAAUCCACCAGACCGGGCCCUGCUUCGCAUCGCUUAUUCUGGACAACAGUACUUAACAACGUCCUCCGUGGGAGACUUACAGAUGCUAUCAUUUGCCUCAAAAAUAGCUCUUGGAUGUUCGCAUGGUCAGAUGCAGAUGAUAUUAAUGCUCAAGGAGGAGCAGGAGGCUUUACUGGGAUAGCCUUGGCUAACGUUGAAAAGGUAGUGGAGGAUGCGGUUAAUGUUUUGUCUUUAUGCCCUGCAAUACAGGGAGACUGGAAUAUUCAUGGGAGUGAUUGGAAAGUAUUUCGACUUAGGAUAUCACAGGCCACGGAGGAUUUAAAACAAUUCGCAGAAGGGAGCUCUCACCCUGCAUCGGGACGAUUUGGCAAGUCUUCCAUGAGAGGUAGUCAAGGUGGAGAUUAUAGUACCCUUGCAAAGAGAGCUGCAAGUAGGGUACCUUGGAAUGUCUACCAGAAUCUUCUUACGCUUUACAGUUUGGUUAUGGGGGAGACUAUUCCUAUUAUUGAAAACUCCCAGGAUUGGUGUGAAGCAACUAUCGGUUUAUUUGUAUGGAACGAUGAGGAGAAGGAUGACAAGCGGUUAGCUCCUGGGCGGUCGAUUAGUAGCUUUCGCGCUUCUGCCAUCAAUUACGGUCCUGAAAAUGAUCUUCGCAAACUUCGACGCGCCUUUGAAAUUGUCGUUGCUAGCAAUGCUGACUUUCACAUCAAUAGCAAUGAUAUGGUUGAGGUGGGGUUAGCUUGCCUAUUUCAAGGCGACACUGAGUCCCUCAUCUGUAUCUUGCGUGCUUGGUCUGGACCUGUAUCUUCAGCUUUAGCUGAGGUUGCAUCAUUGGCUGGGUGGCUUCCUCGCACUGAACCACAAGAACUACUCACAAACGGCGAACUUGACCAAGGAGAUCUUGAUCUUCUUAGUUUUGACAGACCAGCAUUACAGGAUGGGGUCAAAGAUCUUACAUUGAUUACAUAUGCAAGGUCAUUACAAGAGAUGCCAGAGUUAUCUGCCGUGAUUGGAAACACAGAGGUAACCAAGGAAGGCUGGGAACUAGCGAUCGCUGUAUUGGGUAGGCUUGACUCAGAAAAAAGAUCGGAGGAGAUGGUUGGGGAGAUCAUGAAAACAGUCAAGCUCGAUAGUGCUGGGAUUGUCGAUAAACUUUGGCGAUUGCUCAGUGAUCUUGACAUGAGGUCUCAAGCCGAGGCGAUUGCAAUGGUAUAUUUUUAUGGUCUCUCAAUGCCUGUACAUCAUUUGCUAACAACAUAUAGUCAUAUGCCGAUUCGCUUGCCCGAGACAAUAUUUCGCCUGGUGAAGCCUUGUGGUAUUAUGCUUUAGCUCAUAAUUCUGAUAAGGUCAAGGACGUCCUUGAUACCCUCAUUCAAUUAUGUCUAGUCUACUCAACAGCUUAUCCUUCAGAGUCUGAGCUCGAUGACCACUUACAGCGUCUAAUUUCCUCUCCAAAAGACGCUUUAAAUGAAAUGUCUAGCAUGGAUCUUGAAGCGGCAGAGCUUGUUCAUACUUCUUUGAGUGGCUACGCAACACUCCGAAGAUUUUACAGCCUUAGAGAUCAAGAAGUCACAUCAUCACCAAGUUCUAAGCCACCAAUGGGCAUAAUCGCCAGAAGGUCAGAAGCAGCCAAUGCUUUACUAGCACUCAUAAUCAGUUCCGACGAUAACAUUCGUGGUGGCAUCUACGAUGAAGAUCGCAAAGCCGUUAUCCCCGUUCAUUACAUUUUAGCACUCUUAGGCGAAGCCAUGCCUUUCGUUAAUCAACCCGACUCCCUUCUCAGUACCUCCCAAAUUGACAUUCUCCUCCGCACAAUCGAAGAUAUCCAAGGAAUCGGUCCUCGCAUCUACUCCGUAUGCAACGCUUUUCUCGAAACAGUCAUCAAGAGCGGCUCGGGUCUUAAAGGUUCUAAUCCCAUGGAUUUACUAAGCAAAUCGAGUUCAGGUACGAGUGGAAGUUUCGCUAUGGUAGGUAGUUCAAUGAUAGCGUCACAAUUCCACAAAUCGGUUUCAGCGACUGGAUUAUUGAACAAGGGGGAUAUUAAGAGGGGUUGGGAUUGGAGAAAUGGGAUUACGGCGGGUAUAACGGCAGAAGAUAUUUUGAGGGUGUUGAGGCUGGGGUUGGCGAAGGAUUUGGCGAAAGCUUGGUUGCAGGAGUCCGAUGAUAUCUUGUGAGACGGAAAUGAAGAUGUAUGAAUGGCAUGUGAGAAUUGUGCAUUGGGAAUUUUACGGCUGGCGAGGAGUAUGGUUGGGAAUCUAAUAUGAACAAGAACACAAUAGGUCCUGUGGUUAGUAUUUGGGUGAUGCAAUGCAGGGAAAUGCCCUAUGCAUAUAGAUAACGUUGUAUCACAUGGCAUGCCUGGCGUUUUGUCUUCGGCUGGGCAGAGAAAUUGAAUAGGAAUAAAAAAGUCUUGAUAC